GAGUAAUGGCAUCCACUUCGAGAGCUAAUAACGAGGCAGCAAAAUGGACUCAAAGCGAACAAGAUUAUCUCUUGAAAUUAAUGGUUGAACAAGUGAAAGUUGGUAAUAAGAGUUCUAGCACUUUCAAUAAAGGUGGGUGGAACAAUAUCAAGAAGGGGCUUGAGGAAAAAGCUAAUCGGUCAUUUACGAUGGUUCAAUUAAGGAAUAAGAUGAAUAAAAUGCGAUUCGAUUACAGCGCUUUCAAGAGACUACUGGAUACUACAGGUUUUGGUUGGAAUUCCGUGACGAGGACCUGUACAGUUGAAGAUGAGAGUGUUUGGGAUGUACACAUCAAGGCAAAUCGUGAUUGGUCAAAGUUUAGGAGGAAUGGGCUACCACAUUGGCCUGAACUAUGUAUAAUUUUUGGGGAUUCAUAUGCUAGUGGGAUAGGAGGAUUCGGGAAUGAAUCUGAUUUCAGGUUUGAAGAGGAAUCGAGAGGUGUUGAUGAUGAGGUGGAUGCAGAUGUAGAUGUAACUCCAACUACUCCAUUGGCUAAUACCUUGCCAACAAGUUAUUAUGAAAGACAAGAUCCAGAAACUGAUCGUCCUAGAGUCAACAGAAGACUUGAUAGGACACCUACAGGAUAUAGGAAGAAGAGUAGGACAACUGGUAUUGAACGCGCCAUACAGACCCUAGCCGAGUCAGUAGCAAACAAGAAUACUUCAACCCCAAGCUCAACUCCAAUGGGUCUCACUCCAAAUACCACAGAUUUCAGCACUUCUACUUGUGUUAGAUUAUUGGAAACCAUGAAUGAUAUCCCAAGAGAGUUGCAUAUUAAGGCGUGCAAGAGGAUAUUGGUGGAUCGGGAAUGGAGAGAAUAA